AUGGCUGACAACGAACCCACCCCCGAGCAAGAAGCCGCUGCCCGCGCCAAGGAGGCUGAGGAGCAAGCCGCGCUGCCUUACAAAUGGAACCAGACCAUCGCCGACCUCGAUAUCAGCAUCACCGUACCGGGUAACCUCAAGGGGCGGGAUCUCGUUGUGGACAUCAAGAAGCUAAAGCUUAAAGCCGGUAUCAAGGGCCAAGAUCCCAUCAUCGAUGGCGACCUCCCACACGCAAUCCACACCGACGACUCAACCUGGACGCUGGUCUCCUCACCCGACGGCACCAAAACGAUCGAAAUCCACCUAGACAAGAUCAACAAGAUGGAAUGGUGGGCGCACGUAAUAACCAGCGCGCCUCCAAUCGACGUGACCAAGAUCCAGCCGGAGAGCUCUAAGCUAAGCGACCUGGACGGCGAGACGCGGGGGAUGGUGGAGAAGAUGAUGUACGACCAGUCGCAGAAGGAGAAAGGGCUGCCCUCGUCCGACGAGCAGAGGAAGAACGACAUUCUCAAGAAGUUCCAGGACCAGCAUCCUGAGCUGGACUUUAGCAAUGCUAAGGUGCAGUAG